AGUGGAACGACUCCUACUGCCCACCCCAACCCCUUCACCUAGAAUAACCAUCCUCCAUUCACCUCUUACCCUGCCCUACUGAACCACUUGAAAUCAGACAGUACAAGGAGUUGGUGUCCCACCUAUGGCAUUACCUGGGGCAAAGGGAAAAAUUUACACCAGUUUCUGGUUCAUGCAGGACAAAGGCCUGUAAUCAGCUGAAUCAUUUGUAGAAUCCCACAGCACCUUCAGAGGGGGGCUGGGGGUCAGAUUGGUUCCUUAUACUGUCUCGAUUUAAUUAUGCAGUAUCCACUUUUCAAGGGAUAAACACAAGUCUCAUACAUCUUGUUUGCAAAAAGAACACUUUCUAGGUGCCUUUAAAGCAGACUCUUCUGGUAGUGCUUAACUUCAGUCUGUAAUAAAUGUACAUAAUUUUAGGUCAUAUUUAAUUGAACUUAGUAAUGCAGGGGUACUUAAGUAUGAGAAGAGGAGAAUGGGAGAACUGCUACCCAGUGUGACAUCUUUCACCUCAGUCAGGGAAUUACACAGGCAUCAGGAUUCAGGCUUCAAAAGGUACAGUAGUGUUCCUGGACUUAAGGGUUUAAAUCCUGUGUCUAGUGAUGACAGUGUUCUGAUAACAUCAAGCUUCUGGAAAUCUCAGGAUAUGUGCACACUUUGUGUCCUUCUUCAGCAUGCUUGCAGCGAGAAGUCUGAAAGUGUGUUUAAGUGCAGGAGACAGAGGUAGGUUUAAAAAAAAAAAGCCUCUGCUGUGCCUUAAAGCCAAGUUUUAAGGGUAGUUUUAUGUUUUUGGACUACAUCAUCCAUCAUUUUAAGUGUUUGGGAAUAGCAGUAAUGGGACCUACUGUAGAAAGUCCUAACAGUCCUAUUGAGGUAGUGCUGGCUGCAGCUGGGUUUGGAAACACGCAGUGCAGAACACUCUGGGAUUGAUACACACUCUGAGUAUGAGGCUGAGUGCAGGAUGCCUGUGGAGCAGGAGUGCCUGGCUCCAGGGAGAGCCUCCAAUGGCCCAGACUGAAUCACCAGUGCUCAGAAAGAGAAACACCCAGAAAACUCAAGGCUAAGAACAGUCAGAGCAUGCAGUAUCAGAGUGCACCAACUCGGUGCAGGUGCACUGUGCCUCUGCUAGGUGUCCAUCCAUCAUGAAUAAUCCCGUGGUUGAGAUAGGGCCUCAUCUUUGCCGUUCCACUGUUUACAAGAGCAGCCCUGUUGCUCACACCCCUCAAACCACUGUUUUAUUGAAAAAACAAACAGUAUUUGUUAUUGGCUUGUGGUUAUUCAGACUGGAAAAAGGAUACUGCACUCUUCAUGGAGGCAUACAGAGCUGGGGAGGGGGAGGGGCUGGCUGUGCAGCUGGUUGCUGCUCUGAGAAGCCUGUCACCUUGUUUGUAUGCUAAAUGUGAGAGAGAAAUACCUAAAAUAAACCUACACUAAUCAUUAACUCCGUUUCUCUCUUGCCUGGCUGUAGUUCUUAACUGUAUGUAUUAAUAUAACUUUGUAGCAAUUGCAAAACGGGUGCAAUAGCUGGCAUCCCCAGUAUGAACCUGGUGUGCAGAUUCUGUAGUAACUUCUUAUGUUUUAGAGAUGAGGGAGAAAAGAGGAGUGAGGUGAUGCUGCUAUUAACUGUGCCUAUACAACACUGAGACCACAAAAAGGACAUUGCCCCCGCUCUUCUUGGAGCAACCUCCCAAGUGGUUGUCACAUCCUUUUGUUGUGAUCUCCUGUUCUUCUUUCCGCACUAGGAUACAUUUAAGCUUAGUGCUGAGCUCUUCCCACUUCCAUCUCUGUGUGUCCCAGCACAGCUGUGCAGAGGGAGGCUCAGUCAGGGCUGUGUGUACCUCCUGGGGAAUUUGGAAGAACUGGUGCUGUUUCAGCUUAAUCUGUAGCUCAGUUCUGGCAAGGUGUUGGCAGGUCCAUGGAGACACACCAUGCUUAUCCCCUCCAGCUCUGCCUGCAAAGCUAACCUAGUUCUGUCUUCAGAAAAUGUUCAAACAUGCCAUAGGGAUGUCGCUAUGCUGUCCAGUAAGAGAUCUGCUUGCAGAGUGAGGUCUGGGUUCUGCAGGUUGGGCCGUGCUUGGGGGGGUCUGCAGCAGCAGCUCUUAGCCACAGCCUUUAGCAUAAGGCCACCCCACGUUAGUGCAAGUAAUUCCAGUUCCCUUUUUCAUGAGUUCAGCUGCUAUUGAGACUUGCAUGAAUACAUUUGGUUGUUAGAAUAAUCUGCCUGCCUGCUCCAUGCCAAGUGGGUAUUUGUUGCAAAAGCAAGGAGGGAGCGUUGCUUAAACCACGGCGUCAGGACAGACGUUGAGGCAGAGAUGAAGGGGGAGUGAAACUGACCCAGAUCUCACAGCAGCAGGUAUGGAUAGCCCUCAGCCUCACAGCCUGACCGCCAGCAGCGUGCCUGGCCAGAGAGGAGCUGUGAAGAUCCCUGUUGCACAGUCCUCUGUCAUGGAUGACAUUGAGGAGUGGCUCAGUACCGACGUGAAAGGAGAUGAACUGGAAGAAGGAGUGACCAGUGAAGAAUUCGACAAGUUUUUAGAAGAGCGAGCCAAAGCAGCAGAGAUGGUCCCCAACCUGCCGUCCCCUCCCCUGGAAGCCCCCACCCCUCCAACAAACCCUUCCAGCAGGAAAAAGCAGGAGCGCUCGGAGGAUGCCCUCUUUGCACUGUGAAGCUCGCAGUCCCACCCCGUGCUCUGCAGGAGAGCGUUGCUGUAUGGCCACCUCGUCCUCCCACAGCACUUGGCUAACAACAACCCUUUCCUCCCCAAAGUUUCAUAGGUUGCUUCUCCUUCUUCCCUUUCUCUCGGUCUCCAACAAUCCAUCCCCACAAGCCGACUCUUUCUGUUUAAGUCCAACACUCUUCCUGCCAGACCGCGAUUUUCCAGCGCUCGCUUAAUCCCCUCCUUCCUAUCCCAGCUGCACAAAACCAGCUCUUGAUGCUGAAAACCCCUUUCGAAUGCAUGACUGCAUCACACUGUGUUGAAACAAAAGCCCAGAGGGGAAAGAGCAGCCUUGCCCUUCAGUUGGUGUAGGGAUCAUCCUCUUCUGUAGGCAGGUCCUGCCAAGUCGGCUGCUCUGUCGAUCAGCGUGUAAUGGACUGAGCUGGAAUGUGCAGGGGGAGCGUGUCUUUAUUUUUAGAUAAAAUGUUAAUGUAUUGGCUUUCGUGUCGGAUCCGACAGCAAGGAACAACUGUUCCCCUUUCAACAUGUGCUUCACAAGUUAAAAUCCUUUACUCUCCCACUCACACAUCUCCCUGUACCAUAUGGCAGUCGCUUUUCCCCACUUUGUGCAGCGCUUCAUAUUCUUAAUCUCACAGGGUAUUUUUUUCCUUGUGUUUUAUCUGGGCUUGCUCUAAUUUGAAAGCAGUCUGUUGGCCGUGUCCAGUAGCUCUGGCAGUUGUCAGGAAUGAAAAACGCUGAGCUAAAUGGAUGCUGCAAUGUGAGCGAAUGAAGCAUUUUGCUCUUUGGGAGAGCAUUCUCACAGGAGGGUUUUUACUAGCGUGUUUGCCUUUUAAAAUAGCGAGGUUAUUUUUUCCCUACCUAAGAUUCCUUCUUCAGUGACUGUAGAGCUCUGCGUUUGUCUCAGCUGUUGUAAAUAGCAUCCUUGCAGAUGGAUGGGACUUGGUGAUGGACCGCGAGCAAACCGAGGUUCCUGGAUUCCCUGACAUAGCUGUUAGGGCUCUUGGUGCUAGUUGUGAUGGGAAGGGCAGCAAACCUGCCAGAGGUGUCUGUGGGUAUGCCCAGAGUUAUCGUGGAGGGACUGGCUAUGCCUGUGCUGGAGGUGAAACCCCUCAUUUCCUUCUAGGCCUGAGAGUGUUGGGUGAUUUGACCAUGCUGGUCAUAAUCCCAAGUGUUUCUGGAGCGUCCUUCAAAACCUCUGCCCCUUUGUCUGUCCCAGCUCCUAGAGGGCUGCAUUCCCCCCACUGUCUGCAUCCUCCUGCAUCCCCAGCAUGUUCCCUGGGAGCAACCCAGCGGCAUGGGGUGGUGGGAUCACAGUGAGGGAGGGAUGUGGCAGAGAGAAGCUCCUGGCCUGGCAGAGAGGCAGCUUAUCAGAUGGACACUCCUUUCCUGGGGGCUUGCCUUGCCCAACCUGCUCCUUCUGGCCUGGACACUGAUAUUGUCAGGCUGGUGUGGGUGGAGCUCUGUCGGACACUGUUCUAGACUGAGAGGCCAUGCUAUAAACAGCUGAUAGGAAAGUGACAGAAGCUUUUAUCUAGGCAUGGUAAUUUCAGCUCCUAAGAUGCUCUCCAAGGCACACCACGCUUUGGCAGCCUGUGAUGCACACUGUCUUUUCCCAAAUGGCUGAAUCACAGCACUGGUGCUUUUUGGGAGCUGUCACAUUCAUCUGCACGGGGAAACUCUGUUUGGUGCAGGAUUUCCAGGCCAUCCCAGGUCAGCUCUCUCUAUUUUGUCUUCUCUGUAGCUAUAACACAAUGCCAGGAUGGAGCAGCAUGCACUGCUGCUCUGACAUGGGUUGAGCUCAGUGCUCAGGUGCUGCUUGCCAGGCACAUUGCUGCCAGUUCCUGCAGCACGUCAGCUGCAGCCACAGCUCCCAGAAAGCCGAGGAUCCUUCUGUCGUGACGCUGCUUUGAUUCCAGGCAGCGUCUGCUGAUCGCCCGAGCGGUCUCGCCUGCACAGAAUGAACUGUUGGUAUUCCUGUCAAUGCAAAAAGCUCCGUGGCUGUUUGAAGCGUGGAUUUUCUCUUCUAAAUCCUUGAAACGCAUUGACCCUGUAAAUGGCCACAUCAGGUGAUUCUAAGCACGUUAAUCCAGCUUCUCUGCCAAGCCCCAGGAGAUAAUCGCAUUGCUCCAGCAUGGGGACGUGGUCGUGUGAUGCUGAGUGGCAAGGACGGCACCGGCGCUGUUACCACAGCCCUGCAGUGUCCCAGCUUCACCCCCAGCACCUGAGCAUAGAGGGGAGCUGCUCACCCUGCUGCUCCCGCUGAGCCUAUCCUGGGCAUUCCCAUUUUAGGGAGAAUCUUUCCGAAAGAGCUCGCAGAGCUGUCAGUGAUGAAUAGAGCGAAGUAGAGAGAAGGUUGAGGCCGAGGGAGCGUGUGCUGGCACAACUCAAAGCAUCCUGUGCCCAUAACACCGUAAGGUGUGCUUUGGUCCCACGAGUUCUUUACUGGGAAGUUGGGGCCCUACUCACGGGGUACCACCGGCUGGGAGCAGGGCAGCCCCAGGGCAAUGCCUUCCUUGGGAGGGCUGAGCUGGAGCAGAGGUGGGGGGGCCUUUGGGGAACCCCAGAGCGAGCUGUGCUGGAGCAAGGCGGGCAGGAAGCGCGCAGGGUGCAGCCCCGGCCUGCCUGCACGGAUGGAACAGAUUCCCCAGUGUCCUGUAUCAGGAUCUCUCAUCUUCUCCCUCCUCUUGUGGUCUGCUGAAAACCUGAGCAGUGGAAACCGAUCGGGAAAGGGGGAGGGGUUUUCACAUUGUGGAGCGACCUCGGGAUUUCUUCUUCCUUCGCUUUCCCUCCUGGAACAGGGAUGGAGCUGCAGGCAGAGCCACUUCCAUGGGAAACCCCAUCGUGGCACUUCCCAGGCAGGCAGAGCCGCAGUGUGAUGCUCAGUGACACUAAAUUAUUGCUGGGGUCCUCCCUGAGUUCUAAUCAAACCCUCAAACCCUGUUCUAGAUUAAGGUAUUUAUUUUGUCAGUGUUUUUUUUCUUUCUCCUUCUUUCCAGUGUGUUUUUAACCUCUUCUUUUAACCCCUUGUGUGCUGAGAUGUAAGAAAUGAAUGGUUUCUAUUUAAAUACAUACUUUUGGGUUUUUUUUAAUUGUUAUGUGUAGACUGCAGCUGCAUCUUUGGCAGGUGUGAUAGGUAGCAAUGUGCUGUACAGACGGUUAGGGUGUUUAGGUGAGGCUCAGAGGAGAACUGCUCAUAAAAACAGCAUGGUGUCUUGUAAAGGGAACAGCCUGUGUGCACAGGGUCCUCCCCGUUAGCCCAGCCGCAGGCUUUGGGACGCACAGAGCAGAUGGGCAGGUCAGCGUGGGGCUGGUUGUACAACCCUGAGCUGAAGUAGGGCCUUAGCGGGGUGUUCUGUCUGUGUGGCUGCAUUCAGCUUGCUUUCUGGGGUCCGGUGACGGAUUCCUCCUUUCGAUGGAGGAGCAGAGCUGGCUGCAGACAGAUGUUUCCCUCCAGUGGUGAAGAACGGAUCCGGGCGGUGGGUCCAAGCCUGGGCCAGGGCGUGUGGACCCCAUCCCCGAGCAGAACCCACAGCUGUGCUCCUCCAGCAUCCCAGCAGCACCGCCUGCUCCUGCUCCUCUGCUCAGUGCUCUGCUUGUAGCCAUGGAUGUGGGACGUGCAGAGCAAACACAGCUGCACUGCAGCAGCCCUGUCCGUCUCAUGGCCUCCUGGUCUCGUUGAGGCUGCCGGGACAUCUCAGGGAUGCUCCCUCCAUCCCCAUCCCUGUCCUUGUUUGCCUCCUCCGUGCUAACCACAGGGCGUGCUGAGCCUUCCCCGGAAAAAAACAGCUCAGGACAGAUAAUGGGAUGGAAAUAGUGAAACGGUGAGUGGGUUUGUGUGCCGAGCUUCCCACCUGCUCUGUGUUUUUAUGAGUACGGGCUCCUCGUUCUGUACAUGUUCCUAUGAGCUAUCGUUAACCCUACAAAUGUAACCUGUGUGAUAGCUUCUCUGUAUAUUACAGCCAUAGGCUUUCCAGAUAAAAGUGGAUAAUAUUUAUUUACUGAAGAUACUGGAUAUUUUUUUGUUUGGGAAUGGGGUAGGGAAAGAAGGGGGACAUAACUGUAAAGAGAUCGACGAUGUAAAGAGAAACAAACCAUAAAGCAAAAGAAACCCAACACUAAAACGUUGCUGUAUUCACGUAGGGAAGGUACAACUGUAUUAAUCUGCCAUCGUUUAACCUGUUCCAGAAAUCAUCUCUACUUUGGUUCCUGCAUGUGAGAUACUCCAAUAAAUGCACUACUGGUGUGGACCGGA